AUGUCUCCACCUGCUGCGGCGAAGUCUCUCACCACGGCCGCCACACUCUUUCCAGGUCCAGGGAGAGCGACGAACACUACUCCAUCGGCCAACGACAGCGCAAGCUUCCGCUUCGUAGUGGAUGGUACGGUUCAGACACUGUCCUCCCAGAAUACUACAGGAAAUGCCCCAAUACGAGGACUCCUGUUCGUUCCUAGUCUGGAUGUUGAGGAUUCGUGCAACAAUCUCACCGCUCCAUUGAUACCUGCCCAUGUCACCCGCCAUCCCGACGUUGAUAGAUUCAGGUUUCAGACCAUUGGCCUUGCGCCGUGGGUGAACACUGAAUGUGCUGAGUCGUUCAUUGACGCCUCGCAGCGUGUGGGUUCCGAUGCGCUGGUCUUCUUCUUGCCUGGGAGCAAUAAUACCAAACCACCGCCAGCUGAAGAUCCGACGUGGUCAUUUAAAGACGGUGGGGAUUGGAAGAACCGAAACAUCCUCCCCGUAUAUGCGAUCCCUGGUCCGGCGGGUGUGACUCUCAUGAAUCAGCUGGCGUGGUACUGGGGGAACACAAGCCAUGCGUACAGUGGUCACAAUGCCUCCGCAUCUGUGACAGGUCGGUCUGACAUACGGCUGCUUGGCCUUAUUGAUUUCGAGAGGGAUCAAGGUAAAAUGCCCAGUCUCUGGGGGUUCAUUCUUGCUAUUCUAGGGACAAUCUUGGUUCUCAGCAUGAUUGUUCUGCUCUGCUAUCAAUUAGUACAGAAGAGGCGUCGGGAGAGGCUGCAACGGAGGAUUGAAUCUGGAGAGGCAGAUAUGGAGAUGCUGGGUCUGCACCUCAUGAAAGUCCCACAGGAGAUCUUGGAUACACUGCCAAUAUACACAUAUCCGGACUGGAGCGCAUUGGGUGACACCCCUGAGUCCAACGACAAGAGUUCCGUACAGUCCAAGGAAGUCCAAGAAUGCAUGGAGGAAAAGGAGAAAACAGACACAAACCCCGACGCCAUCACAGCAGACGAAGUACAGAAUGACAAGAAAGAAAGCCAAGAGAAAAAGGAGCCAGGAGACGAACGAUUGUCGGGCGAUGCCGACAACUCCCCCAGCACGCCGUCCCCUUCUCAGUCUCAGUCCUCAAUCAGCUGUGCCAAAGGCCGCCCGCCCAAACUUAAGAGACUGAGCCACUCGCAAACCACAUGUGCCAUCUGUCUCGAGGACUUCGUCCCCCAUGAGUCUACUGUCCGCGAACUCACCUGCAGUCAUAUCUUCCAUGUCGAGUGCAUCGAUGCCUCCCUGACACGGAAUAGCUGUCUAUGUCCGAUGUGUAAGAAGAGUGUUUUGCCGCCAGGGUACUACCCGGUGCCUAUCACCAAUAGGAUAGUCCAUCGCGAUUUCAUGAUGCGGAGGGCGAAUUCAGAUUGA